AUGGAAUUAAAGAGAAGAGAUUGAAAAGAUCCAGCUUGUUUUUCAGUCCUUCUUAGUUAUUUUCACAGCCAUUUGCUCUUGACACUGACUGAAAGUAGUUUACAACUUAUUAUAGGAUCACAAUUGGCCCUGUUUAAGGAUUGGAUGCUUUGUCGGCAGAUGUCAGGACUUUAGUCUAUGAGGAAAAAAUUUUCAUGGCUUCAGCAGCAGCAGCACCAUCAUUUCGUUCAACAAAAAAGACAACUAACUACGCCCGGUUAUGCAGGCUUCUGGUGGAUAUUAGCUCACAUGUCCUGAGAGAGAUAUUUGACAAGAAGCACCCGCCAGGAAAACUGGAAAAAGUCUUAUCACGUCCACAAACUCACGCAGUGCUACAAAACCUCAGAAGAAAAAAAGUACUCAAUCCAUCACAAUGGGGAAAACUGUAUCCUGCCAUAAAAUGUUCGGUUUCAUCUCAGCAUUUUGACAUCACCCUAUUGAUGGUUCUUUUGAGGAACAUUUGUUGUUUGGUUGCCCCACGUAAUGGCUGGGAUAAGCUUCCUCCUUUAGCAGACACAAGCCUUGAGGCAGACAUCGCGCGCAUCAAGUGCUACAGAAACACAGUUUAUGGUCAUGCAAGCAAGGCCUCAGUUGAUGACGCAACAUUUAAUCAGUACUGGCAAAACAUCAAAGAUGCAUUGGUGAGACUGGGAGGAGCAGGUUAUCAAGCUAUUAUUGAUGAUCUGAGAACGGAAUGCAUGGACCCUGAUUUUGAGGAACACUACAGAGAGCUUCUUAAACAGUGGGUGAUGGAUGAAGUCAGUACCAAGGAAAGAUUGAAUGAAAUGCAAGAAAAUUUAGUGAAGAGAUUCGAUGACUUGGAGGCGAAAAUAGUCGGCGAUUCCGAAAGGAGGAGAAAAAAAGGAGAAUCUUUCACAAAAAAGAAGGUAAAAGAGGACGUCAAUAUUCUGAUUCUGGGAGAGACAGGAGUUGGGAAGUCGACCUGGAUCAACGGGAUUGCCAACUACUUGAAGCACAGCUCUCUCCAAGCCGCCAUGGCUGACCGCCAAUUCACUGUUUUAAUACCAUUUAGGUUUGCCUAUACGAGUGAAGAAGGGGAAGGCAUAGACGUUUCUUUUGGUUCCGACGCAAAUGAGAUUUUAGCCACCGGUCAGUCUGCUACCCAGUCCCCUCGGGAGUACAUGUUUGAGACAGACAACGCCAAGUUCCACCUCAUCGACACUCCAGGCAUCGGGGACUGUCGCGGAACUGACAAGGAUAAAGAAAACUUUGACAACACUCUGGCAUUUCUCACCAUCUACGACAAGAUCCAUGCCGUGGUUGUGCUUCUCAAGCCAAACAAUGCACGGUUGACUGUGGCCUUUAAAUUCUGUGUGUUAGAGCUCCUCACACAUCUUCAUAAGUCGCUGGAAUCUAACAUUAUAUUUGCCUUCACCAACUCCAGGGGAACGUUUUACCAGCCAGGAGACACCCUGCCAGUUCUCAAGGAACUCCUGGCGAAACACAACCUUAAAAUCGAUGUUUCACCAUCGAACUAUUUUUGUUUCGACAACGAAGCUUUCAGGUAUUUAUCUUUCUUAGGUCUAAACUUGGGUCUAAACUUUGAUCAAGAGAACAAAGAUUUUUUUGAAAUUCAUUCAUUCAUUUAUCUGUUUAUUAUCUCUCUUUUUCAUAAACCAGACCCUAUAGGGGCUAAGGCUAAAGAGUGUUCCAAUUUACAGCAAAUUUUAAAUACCUUAAGUUGGGUAGUAAAGUGUGUGAUCAUAAAUUUUAAUGAAAUAAAUUUAAGGACUAUCAAUUUUUUUGCGAUGUGAAUUUAAAACUUUAAUUCGAUUAAAAAACAUAUCGAUAAUAGGAAAUAUCAUAGAAGAGUGGCUAUUAAAUUUCCUCAGAGUAUUACCACAUGAUCUGAAAUGGGUACCGUAAAACAAAACAUACAGGCUUGAGAGGUCUAUCAUUGAGUAAAGGCGAUCUUUGAAGGAAAACAGUUGUGUCUGCUUCACUUCGCCACGCAAAAUACGGAUCGAGUAAGAACCAGUUAGAACGCUCAGAUUUACCUCGGGACUGCCUUGCCGCAUAAUAAAAGAUAUACCUAUAAAUAUAAUCAAAUACGUAAAACUUUAUCUUGAGUCGCGGAGUGCUCUACAGUGGUGGAGCUAUAUAACUAAUUGAAUGGUUAAGGAAAAAUUAUAACAUUGCACUGCAAAUCUGUUCCAGAAGGGACUGGUGGU